AUGUGUAUCGCCUUGAUCUCCACCGCCCACCCGGACUAUUCAUUGAUCGUCAUCGAUAAUAGAGAUGAGUUUCUCCACCGCCCAACUUCAGAGCCAGAUUGGUGGCCGGAGCCAUUCUCAAAUGUGCUCGGAUCACGCGAUCUAGCAAGGUCAACCCACGGUACAUGGAUGGGAGUGACAAGAGAAGGAAAAUUGGCCGUCCUGACCAACUAUCGCGAAGACAAAGCCUGUCAAGCCAUCGGGCAAUAUAGUCGCGGUGUGAUUGUGAACAACUGGCUAACCAGUCCGCCGAACGAGCAAACCACGCAUAGCUUUGUGCAGUCCAUGGUAGCAAGUGAAGAGGCGAAGCAAGUGGGUGGAUUCAGCCUAGUAUGUGGCCAUAUUAAUGAGCCGUUGGCCAUUGUCUCCAAUCGUUCCUCCGACAUGGACCAGAUCGCCUGGGUGGCGGCGGAAAAGAACCAAACAAGAGGUCUCAGCAACACGACCUUUGAUGAUCGAUCAUGGCCGAAGAUCCUUAAAGGCGAAAAGCUCAUGGACUCGGCGAUUCAGGCCCAUGCGCAAUCUCAAGAAGAUGAGGACACUCUGAUCGAACGACUACUCCAGGUGCUCAGCACUGAUACUUUACCUCGGUUACCAGAGGACGAGCCCAACAGCAUUGACACUUACAUCCAGCACCUACGGAAGAGUAUUUUUAUUCCCCUCAUUGGAACGAAAGAAGAUAUCAACCGACCUGCAGAAGAGACUGCUGCAGCGCAGGUCGAAGAUGAAGUAAACAAGACACCAACCAACGGAGCACUUGGGCUAGACUAUAACAGCGGACCAUAUGGAACUCAGAAGCAGACUGUCCUCCUCGCUAAACCUGAUGGGCGGGUACGAUACUUCGAGCGGACAUUAUGGGACAGGAAUGUGAGGGCUGUACCCGCUGGACAAGGCGAUCGAUCUUUCGAGUUUCAUAUCGAAUAA